CAGGAAGUGCGCCCGCGCAAUCACACCCCGCGGGGAACAUGCCCACAGAGCCCAGGUGCCGGCGCAUGCGCAAAACUCUAGGCGCCAGGAGGAACGCGAGUCCAGAUUCGGCCGCCAUUUUGUGCCGGGGCUCCGAUUCGCUUUGACGAUGCCGGGAGGCUCGAGGCGGGGCCGGGUCCCUCUGGCGAGCCUCAUUCGCUUCCUCCUCGCCCUGGUGCUUCUGGAAGGGCCGGCCAGCGGCUAUAAACUGAACGUGCCGAAGGUGUUGCUGCCUUUCAGCCGGGAGAAGCGCGUCCCCUUCGUACUGGGCGCUGAGGGCGGUUGCUAUGCUUGGCUCUCCACCCGCCAUGAUGCGAUCACCAUUGAACCCGUGUAUGAGAAUGGCACGGCUUGCUCCCGGAAAGCGUUGCUGACCACCUGCUCGACCCAGGCCACGAAGCUAGCCAGUGUGGUUAUCGCCGAAGAGAUAGUGACAGGCCACUUGCUGCGCUGCGACGUCAUUGUGGAUCUCAUAGAUCGUGUCGAAAUCAUCUCCCGGACUCGAGAGAUCUACGUGGAGGACUCCCCGCUUGAGCUGACCGUGAGAGCUCUGGAUGCUGAAGGGAACACAUUCAGCAGCUUGGAAGGGAUGGAGUUUGAGUGGAGCGUCGCCAAGGACGACGAGAUGGAGAACUUGGAACUGUCCAGCAAAAUUAGGAUUUUAAAAUAUUCUGAAGCAGAAUAUUCUCCACCAGACUACGUAGUUGGGAUGGAAAGGGAGGAGAAGCAAGCCGACCGCAUCCUGGUGUCGGGAAUCAAAACAGGCGCCGCCGUCGUCAAAGUCCGAAUACAGGAGCCUGUUUACAAGAAAGUCGCUGCCGCGCUGGUGCGCCUGUUGGUUCUGGAGAACAUAUUCUUGAUUCCCUCCUAUGACGUCUACCUGCUGGUUGGAGCCUACAUUAAGUACAGAGUUGGCAAAAUAAUUCAGGGGAAGAUCACAGAGGUGGAGCUGCCUCUGGAGCAUUACGAGCUGCAGCUGCAGACCGAAGCGAAAGCGGCUGGUGGGUCUGACCUCCUUCCCGUGGCCUGGCUGGAUGUGAAUACUGCCACGGUCACCGCCAUGCAGCUGGGACAGGUGAACCUGGUCUUCGUCCAUAAAAACACCCACAUGCGAGGGUCGUCUGGACUUCCCAACUGCAGCAUCUCUGUGGUAGAGGCGGGAUUUUUAGGUUUCACUGUCCAGCCGGGAGACAGGUGGAUCCUAGAAGUGAAACGAGUGUAUACCAUUACAGUCGAAGUGUACGAUAAAUCGAGCACCAAGAUCUACCCGUCUGAUAAUCUCAGGAUAACCUACCAGUUUCCCAAGAAAUAUUUUGAGGAGUUUACAUCUUCAGGUAACGGUUCCUACCACAUCGUCCAAGUUCUGGAAGACGGCGUCACUCUCAUUCAAGCCAUGCUGGUGUCUGUGCUUCUUCAGAGUGGCACUGAAGAUUUCUUAGUGGCCCCAAUCAGCCACGAGCAAGAAGUGAAGAUCUACCUUCCCAUCAAGCUGACACCCGCCUUCUUGGCCUUCCCACACCAUCCUCUGGAUGCCUUGUAUCAAUAUCGAGUUCAGGUCAAGGGAGGCAGCGGCAACUUCACGUGGACCUCGUCGAACCAGACCGUGGCCACCGUCACGGUGAAAGGCGUGGUGACAGCAGGGCUGGUGCAGGGGCAAAGUGCCGUGCAGGCCAAAGAUGUGCAGAACCCCUUCCACUUUGGAGAAAUCCAGGUGUACGUGCUGAGGCUGUCCAAGAUGGAGUUCCUGCCGUUCCACGCAGACCUUGAGAUUGGGCAGACCCUGGAGGUCCCGCUCAUGAUGUAUCACACCGAGAAGGAGAAGUUGGAGACCAUCCCUUUCACAGACUGCUCCCUCCUGGCUCUGGAUGUCAGCAUGGAUAAGCAAGGAGUGUUUGUCUUGGAUGAAGAAGGGAAGCAGAAAACCAGCCCCACCUUCUGUUCCCGCAUUCACUUGGCAGCCAGGUCUCUGGGGCACACCUUGGUCACAGCCAGCGCCACCGUCUACGAGGAGUACUUUGAGACCAGCGCCACCUUUGCGGCUUACGAACCUCUCAAGGCGGUGAACCCCGUGGAGGUGGCUCUGGUGACCUGGCACUCUGCGAAGGAGAUGGUGUUCGAGGGAGGCCCCGGCCCCUGGGUGCUGGAGCCCUCCCGCUUCUUCUUGGAGCUGCACAUGGAGCACGAGGAGAGGGUGCGCGUGGCGGAGGCCCGGCGGCCAGCCACGCGGAAGCAGAACCAGUACAUCUACCGGAUCACGUGCCUGGAGCUGGGAGAGCAGGUGUUCACCUUCCAGGUGGGCAAUCAGCCAGGUGUGCUGAACCCCAGCCCUGCCGUGGAAAUGGUGCAGGUGAGGUUCAUCUGUGCCCAUCCGGCCAGCAUGGCAGUGACGCCUGUCUACAAGAUGGCAGCCGGCACCCCGCCUUGCCUCCUGCCUCAGCACCACAAGCAGCUGGUUCCCGUCUCCAGCUUGCGGAACACCGUAUUGGAGCUGGCCCUGUUCGACCAGCACCGGAGGAAGUUUGACAACUUCAGCUCCCUCGUCCUGGAAUGGCGGUCGGUGAACGAGAGCCUUGCCCGCUUCACGCACCCCCGGUCGAUGCAGAUGGUGGCCAAGGAUGACGGCACUGGACAGACCAGGCUGCACGGCCACCAGCUCCUCGAGGUGCACGAGAUCAAGGGGUCCGUUUGGGUUACUGUCAGCUUUGUGAAGUAUUCGGAGAGAGGCAGCCCAAAAGAGGUCUCCAGCUCUCCUGCCUCCGCUGCCGUGGAGCUGCUGCUGGUGGAGGACGUGGUUGUGCUUCCAGACAACGUCACCAUGUACAACCAUCCCGACGUCAAGGAAGUGUUUGCGCUGGUGGAAGGCUCUGGCUACUUCCUGGUCAACAGCAGUGCCGCGGAGAUGGUGAACAUCACCUACGUGGAAGUGGAGAGCGUGGUCCAAGUCGUCCCUGUCCUUCCUGGCUCUUUGACCCUGGAGGUCUACGAUCUGUGCCUGGCCUUCCUAGGCCCCUCGACAGCCUCCCUGCGCGUUUCUGACAUGUACGAGUUGGAAGUGGAGCUCAUUGACAAGAUUGAGAUUGGCAAAUCCGUCCUGGUCUCAGUGCGAGUCCUGGGGCAUAAUCGGCACCCUUUCCGGAGUAAAUACUUCACGUACAUGCGGCUCCAACUGAAGGCAGCCUCCUCUAUUGUGACACUCACACUAAUGGAGGAAGUGGGCGAAUACUCCGAAGUCCAUGUGAUGCGCGCCAUGGCGGUGGGACAGACCACUCUGGUGGCCACAGCCUGGGACAAAACGGGGGUCAAAUUUACUUCUGCACCUCGGAAGGUGGAGGUCUUCCCACCGUUCAAACUCAUCCCAAAGAAAAUGACUCUUAUCCCACACAACAUGAUGCAGGUGAUGUCCGAAGGGGGCCCGCAGCCGCAGUCCCUCAUUCACUUUUCCAUCAGCAACCAGACUGUGGCCGUCGUCAACGGACUGGGGCAGAUCACCGCCAAGGCCGUGGGCGUGGCUGUAAUCCAGGGGACCAUCCGGGCUGUCAACGAAGACACGGGGAAAGUCAUGGUCUUCUCACAGGAUCAAGUGGACCUGGAAGUUGUUCGGCUGAGAGCGAUCCGGAUUUAUGCUCCUGCCACCAGGCUCAUAACGGGCACUGAGAUGCCAGUGUACGUGGUCGGGCUGACCAGCGCUCUCACUCCAUUCUCCUUUGGGAACGCCAACCCGGGGCUGACGUUCCACUGGGCCAUGAGCAAGCGGGACGUCCUGGACCUCCUCCCCAGGCACUCCGAGGUUUCCCUGCAGCUUGCUCCGGAGAGCAACUUUGCUAUGACCGUGCACACAAGGGCCGCCGGGAGGACGAGCAUCCAAGUGAGCGUGAGGACUCUGGACCUGCGGGCCGGGCAGUUUGAAGGCAACCUCACCGAGCUCUCGGACGAAGUGCAGAUCCUAGUGUUUGACCGGCUGCAGCUCUUUCCUCCCCAGUGCCCUGCAGAGCAGAUCCUGAUGUCGAUGAAUUCCCAGCUGAAGCUGCGCACCAACAGGGAAGGGGCCGCCGUGGUGACCUGUCAGCUCCUGCAGUGCUUCCCCAACUCCUCCGUCAUCGAGGAGAGCAGGCAGGGCCUCCUCAAAGCCGGAGCCGUCACGGGCACCGCCGUGCUGGAGGUGACCUCCCUGGAGCAGUUCGGAAUCAACCAGACGGUCAUCACCGGAGUGCGGGUGGCUCCGGUCUCCUACCUGCGGCUGAGCAGUUCACCCAAGCUCUACGUGGCCAGCAGGACCCCCCUGCAUGCGUUUCCCUUGGGCAUGUCCCUCACCCUCACCGUCCAGUUCUACGACAGCACCGGGGAGAAAUUCCACGCACAGAGCACCCAGCUUUACCUGGCUAUGAACAGGGACGACCUGCUGCUCAUCCGGCCCAGCAGCCAGAACUGCACCUACGUGGCCCAGGCCGUGAACCGGGGCGUGACCCUGGUGGGCGUGUGGGACGAGAAGCACCCGGGCGUGGCGGAUUACGUCCCUGUCCCGGUGGAGCACGCCAUCCAGCCCAACCUCUCCGAGCCGCUUGCCACGGGAGACGUGCUGUGUCUCAGCACGCCCCUCGUCAACCAGGAAGGGGAACCCGGGACAUGGCAAAUCUCACCCGGCGACAUCCUCGAGAUGGACACAGCAAGCGGAGCAGCCUUUGCAAAGAACGCCGGGAAAACCACCGUCUUCCACGAUAUCCCAGGGAUAGUAAAAACCUACAGAGAGGUGGUUGUCAGCAGCUCCUCCAAGCUGAGCUUUCACCUUGGACCCCAAAGCUUCCUCACCAAUGCUCCCAAUUCCUCCGAGUUCCGGGUUUUCAUUGCCACGAGCAGUACAGGAGCAACUCUCCGAGGCCCUUGCAGCCCUGUUCAGCUUCACACCAUCACCAACCGGCUCUUCCCAGAAUCUCAGCUCAUCUGCCACGUGGAGUUCAGCGGCUCAUUUCCAGACAUCCCCGCGGCAAAAAUAUUUCACGUCCACUCCGGGUUCUCCACCGAGAAAGGUCUCUACGCCUGCGUCGUCAGAGCCCAGGCCCAGUCCGAGGACGACCUGCGGGCCCUGAGCGCGGCCGAGGGGGCGGUGCACAUGGCGGCCUCUCUCCUCAGCUCACCGGACCCGGGCGGGGCGCAGCGGGUCUCCAUCCCCUUCUUGCCUGCCUUCUACAUCAACCAGUCCGAAGUGGUGUUCAGCAGCACGCAACUGAGUCGGGAGAUUGUGGUGCUGGGGGCAAGGAGGGUGACGGAAAAGAUAGAGGCCCAGCCCAGCGGCCCCCCAGCGGUCACCGUGAGCCAGCCCCUGCAUCUGGCGGACAUGCCCGGACAUGCCGUCUUCUUCCUCCGCGUGGUCAACCUGACCUCUCUCCAGCAGAGGGCAGCACCGGCCUUCAUCAACUUCUCCUGCAGCCUGACAGGCCAGAGGGUGGCCCUGGCCGUGAGGGCUUUGCCCGAGCCCGAUGCCUUCGGUCAGUGUGCAGAAACUGGCCCUGGGAUCGUCAAGCAGUUUGUGGCCUCCUACCAGUUGGUUCUCUUCACCGUCUUUGCGGUCCUGGCAAUCAGCAUGGCCAUUUUUCUCGUGUACAACACCUUGUUGACCAGAGCACAGGCAGUGCCAAUCGUGUUUGUUCCGGCCUCUGCCGCACUGCAAACCGAAUAUCCCUCGCUUCCAUCGCGGCCUCAGGCCCAGCACCCCAGUGGAAGGAACAGACAGGCCUGGCUUUGGAGUGUCAGGAGAUGACCACUCUUGGAGGAACUCUGUAGGGGACGAUAAAGAGUAAACGAGAAACUCACA